CGUUGUUUUGGUGUUUAAUUUGUUCUUCAGUUGUCAGUCAUGUUCUUGAGAGUCUUCUUUUGUUCCUCAAGAUGAACUUUUUAAUAGUUUUUUUUUUCACUUUGUAAAGUAAACCUUCAGUAGUUUAAAUAGUAUGGCAUUGAGUAAAUGAAUUGAUUUAAAUAAUUAUGUUGAUGUGGCAGAAUGUCAGCCCACUGAGUACAAGAAAUGAUUUUGUUCAUGGCUUGAUGGAUGGUUACUGAAUCAUGAUUUGGCUUUGGCUCCCAGGUUCCAGUUCUGCAGGAAAGUAUAGAGAAAAUUCGGGGAGAAGAGGUGCAGCCCUUGUGAGACAGUCCUCAGAACUGAGGAGCCGUCCCUGCGUGGGAGUGGUCUCAGAUUCUCCCAGCUUGGAGGAAAGUGGAUGCUGGGGGAAGAUGUCCAGUAAAAGCGCAAAGAGGGCAAAGAUACACACGGAGAAAGUUCCACCUUCUCAAGACCAGACCAUGAAGGAAGAUCAUAGGAGAAGAAGUCAUAAGAAGAGAGCAUCCAUUACAGCUCAUUUGGCCAAAUUUCAGGGAUUGGUGACCUUCAAAGAUGUGUCUGUGGACUUCUCCCGGUCUGAGUGGAAACAGCUGAAACCUGCUCAGAAGGAACUGUACAGGGAUGUGAUGCUGGAGAACUAUAAGAACCUAGUCUCCCUGGGGCUUCAGUCCGUUAAACCAGAUGUGAUCGCCCGGCUAGAGCAAGGAGAAGUACCAUGGACUCCAACGUCCCACAACCCAAAAGAUUCCUUUCAUCAUAAGACUGACCGUGGGACCAAGGUGUCAACUCCAAAGCAGGAUAUCUGUGUGAGAUAUGUGGCUCUCACAUCAAAGAAUGGGCUUCACUGACGACGCUCUCCCCUGUCCCGCAUCAUACUUUCUCCUCAACGAGGCCCUGGAGCUGGUCUCAAGUGGCACCCAAACCGGGACAUAAACAUGGACAUAAACAUCGAAACAGAGAAGUACUCCUAAUCAUUCAAGAUUCUGAAGCAACAAGAGGUAAGAAGGGUAACAGGAAAGCAUAGAAAUCAAGAGACACAGCAGGUAUUAGAGAUAGAAGAGGAGCUGAAGUCUCUAUUUAGUCUUGGCCUAAUUUUAGUUUUAUUUUGUUUAGUUUAGCAAAAUGGGACCACCUCAAUCAGGAGAAAGAAACAGGUAUAUCUUAAAAUGCUUUAAAAAAAAAAAAAGGUUGUAAGAGGAUUGCUUAUAACUACUGAUCAAUUAAAGGAAUUUUUAAUAUGUGUUUUUAAAAAAUGCUUCCCACCUCAGGGAACUUUUGAUUUGGGAAAAUGGGAAAUAAUAAGAAAACAGAUGGGACUCAUCUGGGAUUUUCAACUCCUUUCUUGGGGGUCCCCCCGACCCAAACCUGAAAGCAGGUGCCACAUCAGAACUUCUAGUGGCUUUUGUGUUUGGAUCUGGAUUUGAGACUUUCCCUUGAGGGAGAAUUCAAAGAGACCUUGGGGUAGUACAAUGGAAACAUCCCCCCUUUUCCUCUUUCUCAUAUUGGUAAUGAAACAACAUAAUAAAAGGAAAAAAAUUGGGAGGAAAUACCCAAUAUUAAUUGAAUAUAUCAGCCUUAAAUCUGUAUGUAAAAGAUGAAAAAUAGGUUUCUGGGUGUGUUUGUCUGUGUGUGAAUGUCUGCUUCAGCCUCUGUGUUUCAGGCUUGGAAAAAUAUCAGAAUAAAUUGCUGGAAUUGGAAUUCAUUCAGAGUAAUAAUUCUUUCAGAGUGGCUCAGAGUGUAUUGGUCUUUGAUCUUGGUAAGGUAAUUUGGGAUCUAAUUUUGGGCUCCUUAAGAUUAGGAUAGUACAAGGAGAGAAAAUCUUUUUCUCUUUCUCUCCAUCUCUGGAGCAGCUUUGCAUGAGAGGGGGGAGAAAAAAAGAAAAAAUAUAUUUAAUAUAGUGAAAUAGUGAGAAAGUUUAAGCAUAUAGUAAUCAAAAGAGCAUAGACUGAAAGAGAUUAGAGAGUUUGGGAACUUGUAGAAAAAUGGAAAAACAGUAUACUACCACUUUAAAAACUCCUGCAAGGAAGGAGCCUGGAACUUUGUUAUCAGAACUCAGGCUUGUGGAAUCAUGCCAGGAAGAAUCUCAAGGUAAAAAUCCAAACGAAGCAAGAAUUGGUACUUAACUCUUUCCUGGCUUACUAAAGAGAAGAGGCUUGAAUGGAAUAUCUAGGUAUAUUUUAGGGAAUCUCACAAAUUCAAAUACUGGUUAAUUUUUCGAUAACCUUAACAAUUGGUAUGUGCGUUAAAAAUGGAAACUUAAUUGGUUAUGAUAGAUUGCUUCAACCUAAAUUGAUUUAGUGAUGGGUUCCUUUUGAGAUUGUAGAACCCAGAUUUGGCUUGUUACCUAGUACCCUGAUAUGUUAUUAGAAUAUAAACAGAAAAAUCAACAAAAGGUGGAAAAUGUGUUUUAAAAUCUGUUGUUAUAUAAGUCUUGCUAAUAAAGUAAAUGCUAUUUAGAAGA